AUGUUUCAAUCAUUGUUUGAUGCUCAUGACAAAGAGGUGGAUAAAUACUGUGAUUCCCUACAGCUGAGCCAUCAGAUGAUUGUUUCGAAGCAGAUUGAACUCUCUGAAACAUUUGGUGAAAUGAUCGAUGAAGUUCUGAGAGCUGCAACGCAGCGCGAUUCACAGCCAGAAGAUAACCCCCCCACUACCUCAAUGCCUCCAACAAAUGAUCCAGUAUCCACACCAACUGUUCCAACACCUGAUAAACAACAACAUGAUCAGGAAAGCCAUGUUCCUACUGAUCAUAUCAAAGUAUCAGAUGAUAUUGUCAGUGGGAACGUCUGCAAAAAAGCUGAAGUUAUGGAUGCCCCUAUUUUUGACAAGACUCCAACAUCUAAUGCUCCCACAACAGACAAGCCUGCUGCUCCUAAGUUAACACCAGAUAUAAAUAGUGAAGGACAAAAAUCUGUUACACAUGAUACUCCUGUAUCUGGUGCACCUCUGUUCGAUAAAACCCCACUGACAGAUGUAAGACAUGUUGUCAUUUUCAUAUUUUUCCUAUUUAUACACUAA